AUGCAAAAAUCUUAUUUUAUAUGUCAACAAUGGUUUGCUGAAGAAAAAAAUGAUGGACGUAUUAGUAUUGGUAUAACUGUUGAAAUUCUUUCAUUUGUUCCAAGUUUAUUUAUUUACUUUAGUAUAAAAUUAAAUAAAAAGAAACGAUCACGAUUGAUGUUUUCUUGGUGGUGUUUAUUUUUUGCUUAUAGUUUAUCAUUUAUAUCAGUUUUGAUAUCAUCAUUUUUUAUAACUAUUCGUGGUAUUCAAUCUGCUGAAUAUUUAGAUGAUAAUGAUGAUUUUGUUUUAAAUCAUAAUGAAGAAUAUAUACAUUCAAGAGAAUUUUCAUUUACUUAUCAUUCACGAAUUUGUAAUAAUCGUUUAAAUGAAGGUACAUCCGGUUCACAAACGACUCAAUUAAAUUCUCCGAUGUCAUUAGCAAUGGGAGGAAAUUAUUUAUAUAUAGCUGAUUAUGGAAAUAAUCGUAUUAUUCGAUAUGAUACGACAACAAAGACACCUGAUGUUUAUAUUGCAUAUGAUACAACACCAUUACGAAAUACAUAUGUACAUGCACCAAUAUCAAUUCGAUAUCAUGCACCAAUAACUAGUCUUGUUAUUGCUCAACAAUUAGGUUAUAAUGUUGUUCGAUGGACAUUAGGUGGAAAAAAUUGGAAUUUAAUUUGUGGUUCAGUAAGUAGUGAAUUAAAUGGAACAUCUCGAACAUUAUUCAAUAGAAUAUGUUCAGUUGAUGUUGAUAGUCAAACAAAUACAUAUGUCGACACACAAUAA